AUGGAACAACACGAAACACACGGCAAUGUCUAUUAUUACAGACUUGCAUACGCACUAUCGCCGUUAGUGGUGACAGGAUUAAGCGUCCUGUUUCUGUCUUGCAAACGAUAUGGCUCCAAGUAUGCCGCAUUCACUGAAAUAGAGUCGAUUACAAUCUCGCUGCAGAAAAGGAAGAUUGCAUUGAUGCUGCUUACAGGCAUCCAGACAGCGAGUUGGCUGUAUCAAUUCAUUCAGUACGCAUUAGCAUCGCAACAUCACAAUUUGACAAAUUCCUUAUCUUUGGUGUCACUGUUUAUCACCUGGUUGACACUGUUUGUCUUGUCGUGUACAUCACCACGAUUGAAUCACUACAAGGAGCGUGCCUACAAUUACGUCUUUACCUUUGUGUUUUGUUAUUUAUCUCUGGAUUCCGUAUACCGCUUAUUAUCAACAGACAACGUACAACGUAGCAGCCUCAUCUACUGUGCCAUCAGUUUUGUCUUGUUUGCCAUUGCAGGUACCACACAACAACCCUAUCACCCUAGAGAUUUGCAAGCUGCCAGCUAUGAAAAUUUAGAGAUCAAGGAUGGUACAGUGUAUCGCAAUAACCUUGUCCUAAGUCCAGAAGCCACAGCCAGUAUUUUUUCAUGGUCUGCUUUCCAAUGGAUGAACCCUUUGGUCGUCUUUGGUUUUCACAAUGUGGUCACUCGCGAAAACAUCUACGCCAUGACCUUUCAGCACUUGUCUCGCACCACCUACGCUGAUUUCGUAGACACAAAGCUAUUCAUGGCUCGUGCAAGAGUACUGGGCCGUAUCUACAGAGCCAACAAGAGCACCAUUUGGUUCCAAUUCAUCUUUGCCAUGGCUGCCUGUGGUGUCGCUUACCUUAGUCCUUACUUUCAGCAGAAAUUCCUAGAGUACAUUGAGCUGUACGAGGAAAGAUCACCCAUUCAAACUGCCUACCUAUACGUCUUGGGCUUGUUUUUGGUUGGCAUCGUCAAGCUCUUGUGCAAUUCAGUUCAAUUGUGGAUGGGCCGUCGUUGGAACAUUCGUACAUUGAUCAUGUUGGAUUCAGAAAUUUUUGCAAAGACUUUGAAGCGUAAGGACAUGUCUGGAAAGCUCUCUAAAGCAGCUGAGGCAGCAGAAGAGGAGGCUGACGGAAAGAAAGACUCCAAAAAGAAGGACGCUAAAAAGAAGGACGCCAAGGAGGAAGAGGAAGAGACCUUUAGUAACGUGGGCAAGAUUACCAACUUGAUGAGUGUGGAUGCUGAUAAGCUGUCUGAUGUGCCUAGUUAUAUCUUUAUGAUGUACACUGCUCCUGUCGAUAUCACCAUUGCCAUCAUCUACUUGUACAGUUUGCUGGGUAGCGCAGCACUGGUCGGUCUCGUUGUCAUGAUCUUGUGCUUCCCCAUCACUGGCAUUUUGACCAAGAAGAUGUCUUCUAGCUACACUGCACUCACUACAGCCAAAGAUCGCCGCAAUGACCUGGUUAAUGAGCUCUUGCAAGGUAUCCGUAUGAUCAAAUACUUUGCUUGGGAGGACAAUUGGAAGGAAAAGGUCUACGAAGCCCGUCGUGACGAGAUCAAAAAGUUGAUUCGCACCAUUGUGAUUGAUGUCUUGGUCAAUCUUAUCUUUUUGGCUGUGCCUGUCCUGGUUACAGCAACUUCCUUCAUCUGGUACACCAAGGUUGCUGGUAACGAACUUACUGCCAGUGUUGCCUUUGUCAGUAUCACGUUAUUCGAAAUGCUGCGUGGACCACUCAUCUUUAUCCCAGAGACCAUCAAUACCUGUACAGAAGCUUAUGUCAGUUUGAACCGUAUUGCCAACUACUUGGAGGAACCUGAAGUUGAGGAAAAUGUGAACAAAGAUCCUGUUGAUUGCCCUGAAAACGUCGAUCCUCAGAUUGUAUUGGCUCGUGUUGGCUUUGAGCAAUCUGUAUUCCAAUGGCACAUUGAAAAGGAGGUACCAAGGGCGGCUCCUAAGGCUGCUACUGCUGCUUCUCCUGCCACUACACCUCGAUCAGACGAAGAACAGCAUCUGAUCUCUGCUAGCUCUACCUCCUCUACCCUGAGUGUUGCUGCUGCUCGUCUCAGUCGUCGUACCUUCCAAUUGAACGUGCCCAAGUUUAACUUUCCCAUUGGAAAAUUGAGUUUGGUAUGUGGCCCUACUGGCAGUGGUAAAUCCAGUUUCCUCAAUGCCUUGCUGGGUGAGAUGGAUAUCAUCUCUGGUCGUGUCUAUUUGCCCUCCAAGGUCGUCCUCGCCAAUGAGAAUGUGUCCAAGAUUGACGCCAACUACGAGAAUUUGUAUUUAGACAAGGUUGCCUACGUGGCGCAACAACCGUUCUUGAGACACGCCUCUAUCCGCGACAACAUUUUGUUUGGUCUUCCCUUUGACGCUGCUCGCUACAAAAAAACGCUGUAUCAGUGUGCUUUGAUCAAGGAUCUCACCAUCUUGCCUGACGGAGACCGCACUGAAAUUGGUGAAAAGGGUAUCUCGCUCUCUGGUGGCCAAAAGCAGCGCGUCUCUUUGGCUCGUGCUGUCUAUUCCAAUGCUAAAACGGUCCUUUUGGAUGAUUGUCUCAGCGCAGUGGAUGCGCAUACUUCCAAGCAUAUCUACAGAAAGUGCUUUAUGGGCGAUCUUUUGCUGGGCCGUACUGUGAUUUUGGUGACACAUCAAGUCAGACUCUGUCUGCCUGGUGCUAGUUUCUUUGUCAAGAUUGAAAAUGGCCAUGUCUUGGGCUGUGAUUCUGUUGACAACUUGAAGGCCAGUGGCGAACUACAAAAGUUGCUAGGUGCUGACGAAUCCAAGGAGGAACAAGCUGAAGAAGACGAGGAAGAAAUUGAGGACCUUGUAGACGAUGAUAAUGCAGAUGCGGAUGUGGACCUCGACAAUAAAAAGGAAGCUGCUAAGCUCGUCCAAGAAGAAACUUCGGAAAAGGGCCAAGUCAAGCUCAAGGUCUAUGUCAAAUACUUGGCUGCCUGUGGUGGCUGGUUCUUUUGGAUCGCUUUACUUUGUUCCUAUGUGUUUGCUCGCUUCCUGACCUUUGGUGAAAACUGGUGGCUAAGAAUCUGGGCCGCGUCUUACGAGACACAUGCACCUGCGAAUGCUACUCUCUCUGCACUCUCUGCUGCUUCCCCUGUGAUCGCCAGCAACAAGGCGCCUAUGAUCCAAGGCGUGUUCGAUACGAUGGGCGCUGCUAUUCAAAAGCAAAACAUGUUUAGAACGUGGGUAUUUGAAGAAAAAGCACCUGUGAAUGUGGACUACUACAUUGGUGUCUACAUUGCCAUCUGUACCACCUAUAUCAUCUUUGAUGCCUGCAGAAACAUGCUGAUUUACUGGGGCUCCAUUCGUGGUGCUCGCACUUUGUUUGACUCGUUGCUCGAUCGCAUCAUCCAUGCUCCUAUGCGCUUCUUUGAUACAACGCCCGUGGGCCGUAUCCUGAACAGAUUUGGCAAGGAUGUGUCUACCAUUGAUAUGCAAAUCGCUCGUUCUGCUAGUUUCCUGAUUGAAUGUGUCACUGGUGUCAUUGCCUCUACUGUGGUCAUCUCCAUCAUCACGCCUCAGUUCUUUAUCGUGGCUGUUGCUAUCAGUUGCUUGUACUUUGUCAUUGGUUUGUUCUACCUGCGCAUCUCUCGUGAAUUGAAGCGUCUCAAUUCUGUCAGCCGUUCUCCCAUCUACUCUCACUUUACUGAAUCUUUGAUUGGCGUUACUACUAUCAGGGCGUACGGUGUUGAGGAGCAAUUCAUGCGCACUGUCUAUGAAAAGAUUGAUGCCUUUGUUGCACCCUUCUAUUUCCUGUGGAUGAGUAAUCGCUGGCUCUACUGUCGCAUUGAAUUUACUGGUGCGUUUGUCACCUUCUUUACUGGUAUCUUUUUGAUCUUGAAUAUUGAUCAUAUCGACGCUGGUAUGGCUGGUAUCUCCUUGUUCUAUGCUCGUAGUUUCUUGGAGUAUAUUUACUGGUUCAUUCGUCAAUACACUACUGUGGAGAUGAACCUCAACUCUGUUGAGCGUGUCCAAGAAUACCUUGAAUUGGAUCAGGAGCCUCCUGCUACCAUUGAGGGUCAUAAGCCUCCUGCUGCCUGGCCAACCACUGCUGCUAUCGAAGUCAAGGAUUUAGUCAUUCGCUAUGCUCCUGAACUCGACCCUGUCUUGCAUGGCAUUUCGUUCUCUACCAGGGCACAUGAAAAGAUUGGUAUUGUAGGUCGCACAGGCUCUGGCAAGAGUACCAUGGCAUUGAGUUUCUUCCGUUUCUUGGAAGCUAGUAAUGGCUCCAUUUCCAUUGACGGCAUUGAUAUCUCCACAAUCGGUAUCCAAGAUUUACGUUCUCAAAUCACCAUCAUUCCUCAAGAUGCCGUCCUGUUCUCUGGUACUAUCCGUUCUAACAUUGAUCCCUUUGAAGAGCAUUCAGAUGAGGCCGUUUGGGAAUCCUUGGAACGUGCUCAUCUCUCCAAGGCUUCUGAUAGACUGCGAAAGGUGCAAGGCUAUGGCUCUGGCGAUGUGACACCCAAGAGUGCUACAAGUACCCAUACCGUCGACGAUGAUGAACAGCGCAUCUCUCCUAUUACUAGUCUAAAUCAACAAGUCAGUGAUGGUGGCAGCAACUUUUCUCAAGGUCAGCGUCAACUAUUGUGCUUGGCUCGUGCUCUGCUCAAGAACAGUAAACUGAUCAUCAUGGAUGAAGCUACUGCUAGUGUGGAUUUCGAUACAGAUACCAAGAUCCAAACCACCAUUCGUGAGGAGUUCACCAACUCUACUUUGCUGUGUAUUGCCCAUCGUCUUCGUACCGUCAUUGAUUAUGAUCGCAUCUUGGUCCUUGAUCAAGGUCAUGUAGCAGAAUACGAUACACCUUACAACUUGAUUGCCAAGAACACGGGUACUGGUAUCUUUAAAUCCAUGUGUGAAAAGUCUGGUGAAUAUGAGAUUUUGCUCAAGAUGGCUACUGAAUCUGAUGCAAACAACAAACACGAUGAAGCAGAAGAGAGACCUGACAAUCAUGCAACUAUCUAUUAA